AUGAAUAAGCCAUACGAUAAAAAAGCGAAAGACCACCCUAUUUAUGUAUACGGAAAAAUACAUGAUUUAGUGGAAGAGCUAAAUAGGUAUCAUCAAAAAUGUUACAUUAAUAAUGAGAAGAAUGUAGAUUUGUGGAAGGAGUUUAAGUACAAGAGGAGGAAAAGGCUCCGUUUCCUAUCCGUGCUGGAUUAUUAUGCGAACGUUAGGAACAAGAAAUGGGAAUUCGACGUCAUUCCAAUUGUAUUUAACGAGGAGUAUGAGAUUUUGCAUAUGGGCGUUUCAAUGCUUUUCGACGACAAUUUUUCGGACGAGUACAAAAGGGGUAGAUACAACUACAUAGAGCUGUUCAUUUGUAACAUUGAAGAAGACACUCUGAAUCAAUGCCAAAGUGAGUGGACGCCAUCGUUGCUUAUUAAAAAUGGACGUGACACAGGCAACAUUAUGGACUGCCUUGUUAAGGUGGAGGACUUAAAGAAAAUUUACAGCGGGGGAAAGAACCUCCGUAAAAUAAGCACAGAAAUGGAUAGACCUGGCAAAACCAGUGAAAGCAAUGGCGAAGGUGAUGAUACGGAAGGAGGUGUGAUGGCCUCUAUGCAUGAUAGUUACCAUUUGGAGGGGAACGUCAGGAAGAAGCAGACGGGUUUCCCCAGCCGAGAUGGAAAAUUCCCACUUUAUAGCAUUAAAAAUGACUCCAUUGGGAAGGCUAAAGGAAAUUCUAGUGUAUGCGGCCAUGAGGUAGAUGCGCACCUAUUACGUUCGCGAAAUGUAAAUGUCAUUCAGGACAAUGAUAUGUCCACGCUGAGGAGCAACCUCAGCUGCGAUAGCAGCAGCAGCAUGAGAAACACGCCCAUCGGUAGUAACAACAAGGAGGAAUUUCCUCCUCCAGGGUAUUCUUACAAAAAGGAUGAUGAGAAUAAUUGGAAGGGCGGAAGUAACAAGAGGGAACAUUCUUCUACAGGUGUAGGAGCGAUGAACAUGAGGGGUGGAAAAGAUCGUGAGGGUGCCUACCCCUUCUCGCAUCUCGGAAGUGGUGUUGACGUCAGCAUUAGGGAGACGGAUCACACGAAUGAUGAUGCAGAUAAAGCAGGCCUUCACAAAGUGGCGUACUACACAAAUGUAAAGAGGGUAAACGAAAUGGAAGAGAAAACGUACAUUUCGUCGGAAGGGGGAUCCACAAAGAAAGUAAUAAAUUAUGAGUACCUCUACAGGAGGAGCGAGAGCGAAACAAUGUACUUGGGUUCCCCGGCGGGGAGGAAGCAUCCGUUCAACGAGGGCGAAUCCGCACAGGGGGACGUCAAUAAAUUGGACGCAGCGGAGGAGAAACUGUUCGCGAACACCUGCAGCGUGAGGAGCGCUUACACAACGAGCACACAUACAACCGUGCAACGGAAUGAGGUAGUACUGGAGGGAAGCCCACCGAAAGUGGGUAACCACAUUGGAGAUGCUAGCCACUUGGGGGAAGCCGCAACACCUGCGGGAAGAUCCCCCGCUGGAGACUUCACACGAUUCACAAAGCACGAGCAAACUACGCGCAUUAAUCAUGAGGUAAUUCAGAGUAGCAAUAAGGUACACACUGUCGAGAGGGAGGAGUACCGGAGGGAUACGUAUACCACGACGGAGAACAGGAACAACCAUAAUAUAGUGACUGACUUCAACGCGCAGGAAAGCAAGGGUAGCGAAACCGAUAAACGGAACGAGUUUAAGCUAGGCUCCUUCAGCUCCGAAGGGAACAGAACGUACAACGAAGACAGAGUAAUCACCAUUAGGGAUGUGAACGAGUUUGUGCGGAAGGAGUAUAAGGAAGUAACGAAGGAGAAGGGAAAUCUGCUCACUGAAUCCCUCGAAAGGGAGUACUACGACAUGCUACAUAAGAUGCAGAGUGUGGAUAGAUUGAUCGGAUGUCCUUUUGUCGAAUCGGCAGUGGCAGGAGUAGCAGAUGAUGGGUUCACCCCCCCACCCUACAUGUACUGCGCCAUCUACGACGGGCACAACGGCGAGAAGGCCGUAAACAUCAUCCAAAAGUUGCUGCACCUCCACGUGCACACCUACUACAUAAAUGGAAAUGGAAUGUCCAACUCAUUAAAGUAUGCCUUCCACAAAAUGGACGAGCAUUUGUGUAGGAAGACAGUAAAUAGUGAAGAGAAUAACCAUUCGAACUUUUCCAGCGGAAGCACAGCCUGCGUCAGCGUCAUUUUCAACCACAUGAUUUAUAUAGCGAACAUAGGGGAUAGCAGGUGUGUGUUAAGUAAAAAUGGAAGGGCAGUUGCGGUAACGGUGGAUCAUAGAGCUGGAGGGAAUAAAAAGGAAGAGGAAAGGAUUAUAACCUCUGGAGGGGUGUUAGACGAUGAAGGAUAUUUAGGUGGCUGCUUAGGAGUGUGUAGAGGGUUUGGAUCGUUUGAUAAGAAAACUAGAGAAAAAUUAAAAGGUCUUGUUUGUGAACCGGACCUAUUUCAAAUAAAGCUAACGGAGGAUGAUGAGUUCCUGAUUAUAUGCUGUGACGGCAUUUUUGAUGUUAUGACUUCGCAGGAGGCUGUGAACACGGUGAGGGCUUCCCUGGUGGAGAGCUCUGACCCUACUGUGGCGGCAGAGGCUCUGUGUCAGUUGGCUUACAAAAGGAAGGCCCUGGAUAACCUCUCCGUGGUGGUCGUGAUUUUUCAGAGCCCCGAGAUGAAGAAGAAGGCACAGUCCAGCGAGAGUGCCAACUUGUACGCCAGUCAGGCGGAUCGUGUUCGCAGGAGAAUAAGGUUUUCCUCCCUGAAGAAUUUGAUAGGCCCGUGAAGGGUGGAGCGAUGCGGCCGAGGAGGUGGUUCCCAAAUAGGAGCCAGUAG